AUGAGUCAAAUGUUCUUUGAGAAUUUAAUACAAAAAUAUCCUGAUUAUACAGAACAAUGUAAAACACUUCAAGAAGAAAAAGAAAAGAAAUUAUAUUUCCAAUUAACAGAAGAAAGUGAAAAAUUUGUUAAUGAUAGAUUUUUACAAACAAUUGGAGUAAUUAGUGAUUUUUAUGAAUUAUUUAUUCGUGACAUACAAAAGAAAAUUAAUCCAAUUAAAUUAACUCAAAUUGUUAUUUCUGUUUGUAAAGGAUUUAAAGAUUAUUCUAAAGCCAUUGAAUUAGUUAAUAGUAUUAUGGGUGAUGUUGAAAGUGAUCUUGGAGCACGAUGUUUAUGUUAUUCAAUAAUUGGAUAUUAUAAAUUGUUAUUAAAAGACAACAAUGGAGCACGUGAUGAAAUUGAUAAAUUAACAACACUUUUAGAACAUGAAGAAGGAUUAGAGGCUAUUGUAUAUAGUCAAUAUCAUUAUUUAUGUACAUGUUAUUAUGAAAGUAAAAAUGAUGCAAAUGAAUAUU